AUUACAAGAGUCUUAGGUACAUCUUCACUCAAAAGUAGCUUAACAUGAGGCAGAGGCAAUGGCUUGAAUUUUUGAAGGAUUAUGACUUGACCAUUAGCUACCAUCAAGGCAAAGCCAACAAAGUAGUAGAUGCGUUGAGUAGGAAGUCUUCUGGCAUUGCCUCUAGCAUCUUUGCCACCCAAAAGGAGUUUCUUGAGGACCUUGCUAAACUUAAUGUGGAGUUGAGAUUGGACAAUACUAAAGCUUAUCUAGCCGCUCUUAGUGCACAACCAGCACUAAUAAAUAGAAUUAAACUUGCCCAACAAAAAGAUCCUUUCUUGCAAAGGUUGAAGGCAAAGGUAAAGGUACGGGAACCCCACAUGCAAGAAUUCAGAUUUUUGGAUGAUGAGACCUUGUGGUUUGGUGACAAGUUGUGUGUACCAAGAGAUCAUGCCUUAAGGCGUGAGAUCAUGGACGAUACCCAUAAUACUAGCUACAUAGUUCACCCAGGUAGCACCAAGAGAUAUCGUGACAUGUGUAGUACAUUUUGGUGGUGGAACAUGAAAAGGGAGAUAGCUAGAUUUGUUUCACAAUGCUUGACUUGCCAGAAAGUUAAGGCUGAACACCAAAGACUUCUUGAGAAACUACAACCUUUGCCUAUUCCACAAUGGAUGUAGGAGAACAUUACCAUGGACUUUGUAAUGGAUUUACGGCAAACUUUAAAAGGAAAUGAUUUGAUUUGGAUCAUCGUUGAUCGAUUGACCAAGUCAGCUCACUUUUUACCUUACCGAAUCGGCACAUCCAUUGAGAAGCUUGCCAAUAUGUACAUGAAUGAGAUAAUCAGACUUUAUGGAGUCCCUAUUGUUGUACCUAUGAUUUUGAUGAUUACAAAACACAUUUGAGUGACUAAUUGGUUUAUUUAAGUGUGUAGUUAAAUUGCUAAAAGAUUGUAAGUAAACUUGGACUGCACUA